AUGUACAGGGAAGCAUCACGGGAAGAAGGCAACCAAAGCUACCAAGGAGAAUUCAUCUUACUGGGAGUGGCUGACCGCCCACGCUUGGAGAUGCUGCUCUUUGCCAUUAUCCUGAUCUGCUACGUGAUGACCCUGUUGGGAAACACAACCAUCAUUGUGGUGUCACGACUGGACCCCCAUCUCCACACCCCCAUGUAUUUCUUCCUCAGCAACCUCUCCUUCCUUGAUCUUUGCUUCACCACCAGCCUCGGACCACAGAUGCUGGUGAGCUUCUGGAGGAAAAACAAGUCCAUCUCCUAUGGCGGCUGUGUGGCUGAGAUGUACAUCUCCCUUGCUUUGGGCUCCACAGAAUGUGUCCUUUUGGCUGUCAUGGCCUAUGACCGAUAUGCUGCAGUCUGCCACCCGCUGCGCUACACUACCAUUAUGAACCAUUCUGUAUGUUUCACAAUGGCUGCCAUCUCCUGGGUUAGUGGCUUCAGCAAUUCACUAGUGCAGACCGUGUUGACAUUUAGGAUUCCACGAUGCGGAGAGAACCGAAUAGACCAUUUUUUCUGUGAGGUGCCUGCCUUUAUCAAAUUGGCCUGUGGGGACACCUCACUCAAUGAGGCUGUCCUCUUUUUUGCCAGUGUGGUCAUCCUUCUGUUACCAGUGGGCCUGAUCACCAUCUCUUAUGCCUACAUUGUGGCAGCUGUGUUAAGGAUCCACUCAGCUGAAGGCAGGCAGAAGGCCUUCAACACCUGUGCUUCCCACUUGAUCGUAGUGUCACUCUUUUAUGGGACGGCCAUUUUCAGUUACCUCCAGCCCCCAUCCAACUACUCCCGUGACCGGGGCAAAUUGGUUUCCCUUUUCUAUACAUUUGUCACCACCAUGCUAAAUCCACUAAUCUACACCCUGAGGAACAAAGAGGUACACAAAGCUCUUGCAAGGGUAAUGAAGAGAAUCCAAAAUAGCUCCUAACUUUAUUCAGCAGCUCAGUCUUAUCUUUUAAUAAUAAAAAAAUCUCUCAUUAAUCAUCUGUAUGACUCCCCUUCCUGUGGGAAUUUGUCGCUUUUCUAGGUCCUAUAUUAAUGAAUGUUUCUUUUGUGAAUGUUUUAUUGCUGUUAUGAUUACUGCAAUCU